UAUCAACGUGGCUCGGCAACCGCGAUUCGUUGGCUGACCGGUUGGAACUAUCGCGGCUGUAACGUUGGAGGUUGGAAACUGGCACGGCAUUCUCCGACGAGCCUCGGGGGAUUUCGAAGGGGACGGUCGUCGGGUGCGCAACGGUUGUUCCGAGUUUUUUUUUUCAACUUGUUAUUUCGUAUUUUGUAUUUCACCCGUUUUUGCAAUUGGCCGUAUCGAACCUGAAAGGGAUCGGGUGCCAUUCAACGCUAAGAAGAAGUCCGACAAGCCUCCGCCGCGAGUAGUACGGGGACGAUCGCAAUACUCGUUAGUAACAUCUGUUACUGAAGAUUCGGUGCGAAGAUGAAUAAGAUUGUACUUGCGUGCGCGUUGGCCGGCGCAAUUUCCGCGGCCUUCGCCGAGACCUGUCAGAAACCAGAGAUCGCGGCUUCGUCGUAUGUGACGCAGGAUGCAACGGUUCUCACGAGUGUCGCCUUCACCAUGCAAUUCGUGUUGAAGUGCAGCAACGGCGUGAAGGGAAUCAGCUUGUAUGCCGAUGUCGAGGGCAAAACGUUACCGGCAGUCAGGUUGAGCGCCGAGAACAAGUAUCAGAUAUCUUGGACAGAAGACAUCAAGAAGGCAAGAUCUGGCGAUUAUUACAUAAAACUGUAUGAUGAGGAGAAGUAUGCCGCUGUUCGUAAAGCAAUAAGGAACGGAGAGGAUCCCGACAGCGUGAAUGCCUUGGCGAUGGUCGUUCUGAACAGUCCUGGUGUAUACCUUGGCCCGUGGGUAAACUCUGAAUUCUUGGCCGCUUUCUUAGCUACUUUGGUAUCCUACACGGCAUUUUCGGCAAAGUACAAACUUCUAGCGUAAAAAACUCAAAAUUUUUUGUAAUUAGCGAAUGACUUAAACUUCCAAACAUCAAAGAAAAGAUAAUUUAUCAUUGGGAACAAAACUCUCCGUUUUGUUUCUUUGGGAUUAUUGUGUCCGUGUCUUUGAGUAUAAUAUAUAUCAUUCAUGAAAGAAAUUAACGGAAUAUAAGAAGUUCGAUGUACUUGUAUGUAAAGUAUAACACGUUGUUAAGUCUUUUUAUAUAAGUAUACUUUAUGUAAAAGAUAUUAAAUAUAAAAGAAUUUUAUAUGUA